AAUGAUAGCGUCUACCCAACAAAUCAGAAUUGAAGUUGAAGCAAAUAAAUUAUUGGAUUUUCAAACGGAUUUGCGUUGUGUUUUUAUGGAAGAAGGGAGAAAUGAGUAUUUAAAAGCUCGUAGAAAAGGCAAUAAAAUCGAAUGCGAUACCAAAAGAUUCUCGUAUAAAGAAGUCGUAGCCGAAAUGCACAUUCCUUUCAAAAUUGUUUGGGGAAGGGAUAAAUAUCCUAUCGACAAUCCACAAAAUAUACAAGUAACAAUAUACAAAUGUUCAUUGUCGGUAAAUUGUGGUGAAUGUCUCGCUCUAUCUUUACAAAACAAAUUAUGUGGUUGGUGCGUAAGAGAGAAACGUUGUUCAACUAAAACAAAAUGUUCAGAAGGGAGAGGAGAGUUUUUAAACAGCGAACAAACUUGCGACAAUCCUAAGAUAUUAGACUUUGAGCCAAAAUACGGCCCGUUUGGAGGAGAUACCAGUAUUGUUAUAACUGGUAUGAAUUUGGGUAAAAGCAUUGAUGAAAUAGAAGUGUUCGUUGCUGGUAAAAGAUGCAAUGUGAUCGAUUACAAAAGACCCAGUACGAUUACUUGUAAAAAUGCUCCUUCAGUUAAGGAUAACGAAAGUGGACCAGUAUUGGUAAAAGUAGCCGGAAAAUACAAGGCAAAAUCAAAAAAUCCCUUCACGUACGUGACACCUACUGUGAAUAAAGUGGAACCAUCGAUUGGGCCUCGCUCAGGUGGUACGAAAGUAAAAAUCUCUGGAGAAUACUUAAAUAUCGGAACAAAGAAGACUGUGAAAAUUGGUGAUCGUCUUUGCGAAAUAAUCAGGAGUACCUCAACGGAAAUGGUCAUCAAAACUGCAUCUAGCUCAUUCAAUGGAACAAUACCAACUGAAGGAUAUCCGCAACGAAUAAUCGUAUCAUGGGAUUUAAGCUUUAGCGAAGAUUUCGAGUUUAAAUACGUAGAGGACCCUACUGUCACUCGAGUAUACCCAACAAAGACAAUAAUGAGUGGCGGCUUCAACAUUAAUGUGAUUGGGAGCAAUUUUGAUAUUAUACAAAAUCCACACUUCAUCAUGAUGCUUCAUGGCUAUAAAGUACAAGCUCCCUGUCCAAAGAAGAAUCAAACGGCGAUGACAUGCAUCAUUCCCUCUGUAGUGGCUUUACGAAGUCAUAUGCGAAAAAUAAAUUAUAUGCACGUCGAAGAGCUAGCCUAUGGUUUUAAGUUGGCAAAUGUGAAAUCCGUUGAGAAUCUGACAAAAUACGACAAUUCGAAAUUUUUAGUCUACGAAGAUCCAACAUUCGAUCUAUUUGAGAAUUUUGAGAAGGUCUACGAUGGUAAAAAAGAAUUAGCGAUCGAGGGAGAACGAAUCAACUUGGUACUAGAUCAAUCCAACUACGAAGUACUGGUUGGCGAAACCAACUGUACAAUUACAAAAAUUAGUAGUAAGCGUAUAGAGUGCAUUCUAAAUCGUAUACCAAGCUCCAGGCACCCGAAACUUCUGGUAACUGUUCAUCUCAAGAAUUAUCAAGCAAAUAGAACCGAAAUAGGUUACUUAUUAUAUAAACCCUAUGAGCAGGGUUUUAUCUUAUCGCUACCAGCUAUCGUGGGAAUUGCUCUAGCAUGUUUGUUCGUUUUAUUCAUCUUUUGCUUUAUCAUCUUCUUUUACCUGAGAACAAAAGCGGAGAAGAGCAGGGCUGUAAGGAAAAUUCAAAUGCAAAUGGACCAUUUGGAAGCCAGAGUGGCUAUGGAAUGUAAAGAAGCUUUCGCUGAAUUACAAACGGAACUACCCCAACUGGUUCCGGAUCACAGCUAUUCUCAAAUGCCGUUACGGACCUAUCACUCUUUUUGUAUGAAGAUGCUCUUUCCUAAUGGCGAACCGAGGUCUUUCAACAAUGUGGCAAUAGAUCUUCCAAGAGAACAAUAUUUUAUAUUGGCUGGCGUUCUUAAAAGAUUUGAAUCUCUACUACGUAACAAGACGUUUCUUUUAACGUUUAUCCGUACUUUGGAAGCUCAACAAUCGUUUACAGUCAGAGAAAGGGUUAAAGUUGCUUCUCUUCUAUCGAUAGUACUACAAUCGAAAAUGGUUUAUUACACCGAUAUUGUUAAAACUCUGCUAAGUGAUUUAAUUGAGAGAACUCUGAGUGAUCCAAGAAAUCAUGCAAAACUACUAUUACGAAGAACUGAAUCCGUUGCCGAAAAACUGCUCGUUAACUGGUUUACAUUCUUAUUAUACAAGCAUUUAAAAGAAGUUGUUGGGGAACCGCUUUUCCUCCUGUUCAAAGCAAUAAAAUGGAGAAUAGAGAAGGGUCCCGUAGACGCCGUCACGAGCGAAGCAAGAUAUUCAUUAAGCGACGAUAAAUUAUUAAGGCAAAGCGUUGAUUUCAAAAGCUUGACUAUAUUUGUUCUGGAAGCAGAAGCCCCCGUUCCAGGAUGCAAUCAUCUACAAGUCAAAGUUUUGGACUGUGAUACAAUAUCGCAAACAAAGGCGAAAAUCUUGGAUUCAAUAUACAAGAACACACCAUACUCGGACAGACCAAAACCUAAUGAAUUGGAUUUAGUUAUUAAAUAG